UUGCGCUCCACUCCUCGGCGUACGAGCGCGUUACGAAAAACGAAAAAGAAGCUUGAGCGGAAGAUGAUGAGGGAGAGAGAAAGAGAGAGGGCACCCGCCGACAACCUCCUCCACCAACUGCAUCGGCACCGACAUCGGCGCGGAGUGAUCGGCAGUGCCAUUGGCACCACUACAAUCGUCGUUCGCGUUACCACAGUAGCAGCAGAACCGUGUUACCGCGCUCGACACGCGAUCGACGCGAUACUUUUUUACGAUAAAUCAUUUCGCCCCGAAAAGAUUCGCGUACUGGUUGGAUUCUGUGAGAAGUGUGUUUCGAGAGGUGAUAACGGUGUAUAGAAUUGUUGUAUCCGUAUGUGAUAAAUGUCGCGGGGCUGGAAGGGAGCCGUUUCCAGACUCGAUGGAACUACGUUGCAGCGGAGAGAUUGAUGUGCAUCGGCGGUAAGGAUUUAUGAAUGAAGAUACCGAAUGGCGGGGACGUGAAUGAAACACGGUCGAUCGAAUAAGCGUCGAUCGUUCGAGCAACGGAUGCUUAUUUUUCCGUCAAGUUACAUCAAACCGAAGGCGAAGCGCUCGGACGUCGCAACGGAGAAAUGAGCCUCGUGUGACCGGCGAGAAGCUGAAAAAUAAUCGACAACGAGAAUGCCCGAUAGUUCGGAUCAACUGUCGUCGCCGAACAGCGAAUGCAACAGCCAGAUAGGUGUUAUGCACCGAAACACGUCCACCGGACAAUUUGACGAUUCGUCGAUGCCCGGACUCGCGUUGACGCAUCAGACGCAUUCGCAAAAUCUAACGUCCGCCUCGAACGGUGGUGGUAGUCUUCAGUAUCCUCAAGAGUUGACCACUUGUAGUUCCGCGAAUACGUCCACCAAUAUAGGAAACAUCGGUGGACUUUCUCUGGGAAUUACGGCCAGUAACUAUACACCGGACCAGAUAUCUUGUAUGUGCAAGGCGUUAUCGCAGAGGCAGGAUAUUGAGAAGCUCACGAGGCUCCUAUGGUCGUUGCCGCCUGGCGAGUUGUUCCGCCGCGACGAGAACGUGCUGAUAGCAAGAGCCACGGUGGCUUUUCAUCGGGGCGCUUACCACGAGCUCUACUCGAUCUUGGAGAGCCAUCCGUUCUCUUCGGAUCGGCACCCGGAACUGCAGCAGAUGUGGUACAAGUCGCAUUAUCGCGAGGCGGAAAAGAUCCGCGGACGUCCACUUGGCCCGGUUGACAAAUAUCGGCUGAGGAAGAAGUAUCCAUUGCCAAAGACGAUCUGGGACGGCGAGGAGGUGGUGUACUGCUUCAAGGAACGUUCGAGAAACGCGUUGAAACAAUGCUACAUGAGGACCAAGUAUCCGCUCUCCGAAGAGAAGAAGAAUUUGGCGAAGGAGACCGGCCUGACCUUGACCCAGGUGGCUAACUGGUUCAAAAAUCGACGGCAGAGGGAUCGCACGCCGCAAACGAGAACAGACAUGCUACCGUUAAACUGCCAGAAUAAUGCGAGCAACGUGAUCACCGGCUCGGUUACCAACGGAGAGAGCAUUCAAUCUUUGCAGAGCAUCGAUUCCAACGGCACGAAUCUCGCAAUGUCACCGCUCUCGACGAUGAGCAUGUCACCGGUUGCCGUGAAUCCGUGCAGCCCGAUGGGUAUGAGUCCGAUGGCUUCUCGUCAUCCAAGAUACGCGACACCCGUAGCCCCAUCCUCCGUGCACACCACGCAUCCCCACAGCGGCAGUCUUAGCCCUAUGAACGAUGUUAAAGCUUUGUGCUACGGGCGCGGGGUUUGCGAGACCGGUAAAGACACGGAUCAAACUUCCGUCUAUUAUUCCACUCAUUCGAGCAUGCAUCAUCAGUAUUACCAACAAACGCAUCAUCAGAUGAUGUCCACUGCUCAUCAUUAUCAACAUCAUCAACAGAGUAUGCCUACCGGAUAUGAAAUUGCGCUUCCGCCUCCUCAACACUCGACGUGACCAACCGAUUACGAGACCGAUGCGGUUCAUCCAGUUCAAACGGAAGAUGUAUUUUCGCGUGUUCAUGCGUUUGCUUGACUUGCAGUAUUCGACCGGUGUUGCGUCUCCGAUCUAAACAAUUUAUCUUAUCAUUAUCGAUUCAUUGUGUUUUUCACGCAACGUUCCUUUCUGAUUUUUUUCCAUGUAUAUGUAUAUAUAUUUUAUAUAUAUAUAUAUAUAUACACACACACGUUACUUGUUCGCUUUUGCGAAAUCGCAAAAAAAGAGAUUAAACGUUUGCGCGACGACAACCAUCGAUCGUACGUUUUCUAGCCAAUGGAGGAACAAGAUUGUUCAUAAAAGAUCUGGGAGGAGCCUAUCCUUGAAGGAGAGAACUGGUUUAACACGCGUACUCUUUGCAAAGGUGUUCGCAAUGGAGUCGUCAGCUGCUCUCUCUUUCUUCUAUAAGCUACUAAGAAACGAUCGCAUAAAGAAAUGAAUGUCACAAAUUGAUAUCUUAUGAACCAUUAUUUUUUUUUUUUCGCAUAGAUUUUGUUCGAAUGAAAUUUUUUUUCUAUUCUUGAACGAAAACGAUCAGCUUGCAAUAGAAUUUGCAAUACUCAAUUAUCUUUUCUUUUUUUCUAAUUCAUUCGAAAACAAUUGAUUGAUGGAUUUAUUCUUUCACUUAGCCUUUUCGAAUGUUUGGAUAUGAAAAAUAAAUUAUUUCUUCGUAUUCGUUUCAAGUAUGCGCGUAGUUGUGGAUGAACGUAUGUAUGUAAGUAUGCAUGUAUGUAUAUAUGUAUGUACGUAUGUAUGUAUGUAUGUAUGUAUGUAUGUAUGUAUGUAUAUAUGUAUAUAUAUAUGUAGAGGUUUAUAUAUAUAUAUAUGUAUAUAUGUAUAUACAUACAUAUAAGUAUCAUAAUGUUAAAUUUCUGGUGUAAAAUAUAUUUUUGACUGUAGAAUUGAA